AUGAUUAAACUUUUCGGGCCAGACCCAUUGUUGCAUCGAUAUUGUGGUAUGCUUGUCUAUUAUAAUGGAUUCCUAAUUAUAGCCAUAAUGAACAUUUCUUACUGUAGUAUUGGGAUCAGUUUAGAUCCACCUUUACUUUUUGGUCGCCUGGCAAAAUGUACUGCUGCCUCGCAUCGACAUGGGUGGCGCAUUAAUUUGAAACUUGUCACAUCUUUUUUUAAGUCGGAAUUGGCUGGUUUUUGUUGUCAUAUCAGGAUAUAUGGUGCUUUAGACUUUCUCCGGUAUCUACGGUUCAUCUGCUCUACUUCCUUUCAGGCUUUUCCCGAAGAAACUUGUAAUAAAUGGUGCCAUGUUAACUUUACGGCUGACGCCGAAUCUGUUUCUGGAACUUUGUUUCUCCUCCCCCCUAAUUCGGAGGAUACAAUAAUCCAGUGGAUUGCUGACAGCGAUAGCCUGCUAGAGCGUCAAGCCUCCCCUAAAAUUCCUCUCUCCAGCAUCAGUCAAGUGGAACGCCGACGUUUGUCAUUUAACCGCCGUUGCACCUGCAUCUUCCUUCGAACUAACCAAAAUGAGAUUUUUGGUCCUUUUGAGUUCACUCAGGGUGGUUCGAUUGAUUUCAUUAAAAAACUCCAGUCACAUAUUGAUCUACAACAAGUAUCAUCAGAUCCUGAAGUCUACAGGGCUACCCGUAGGACAACAACCUAUCAGCUACCAACGUCAGACUUCUCCAGUUCUCCUAUGUCUGUGAUUCAUGGCGUGGGUACAAAACUCAUGAGUGUCUUCGAGGGUCUGCGGGUGAGCACUGACGCUGCGCUGAACAGUGUGGGUGUUUACGAUGGUACAACCUCGUGGCGCCGCUCCCCCAACACCGAGGGCUUCCUAGACCCCGACUUAAUUGCACAGCGCACCAUGACGAACCAAAUCUACGCCGACCGACUGCAGCUCGACGAACCUCUAACUUCCAUCGCAGCGCCCGACGAUGCCGAAUAUCAACUCAUCUCUUGUCCUCCCCGCCCUAUCUGCAUUCCCAAUCUCAAACCCGUGCCACGCAGACAUCCAGUUACUCUGGCAAUGUGGCAGCGUCACCUCGAUCGUGACGGACGUGUAACUGUGGCGGAGAAACUACAGACCUCCAUCUACAAUGGAGGUAUUGAACCGGAUCUCAGACCCAUCGCAUGGAAGUACCUUUUUGGCUAUCUGAAGUGGGAUUUCACAAAGGAGGAGAAUGCUAAGAGGGUUCAGGCUAAGCACCAGCAUUAUCACAUCAUGAAGACGUUUUGGCGAUCAAUGUCGCCAAAGCAAGUAAGGAACUCUUGUGUUUUUAGAGGGCGCAAGAGCAUUAUAGAAAAGGACACCUAUCGGACUGAUCGGCAGACAGCCCUCUUCAGAGACAAUUCAUCGGGAGCUCUUACACGGCUUUACAACAUACUCAUGACGUACACUUUCUAUAAUCCCGAUCUAGGGUAUUCUCAAGGAAUGAAUGACUUGUUGGCGGUCAUAAUGUCGGUCAUUGAUGGUGAAGAGGACGCCUUUUGGUGCUUCGCUGGGCUCCUCGAUCAUAUUUCCGGUCACUUUUCCGACGAUUCAUCAGUUCUAUCCAGUCAAUUCGUCGGCCUCUUCAAGCUAAUCGAAAUUCUUAUGCCUCGUUUUGCACGAUUUUUGCGUGAAAAGGAGGCAACAUCGAUGAGUUUCUGCUUCAGAUGGUUUUUUAUCAUCUUUAAACGCGAAUUCUCCUACGAUGAUAUCAAAAUACUUUGGGAGACACUUUACAGCGGCGUUGCUCCAAGGAACUUCCAACUACUUAUCGCAGUCGCCAUUUUCGACUCUGAGGCUGAGACUAUAAUCAGAAGUUGCUCAGACAUAAGUCAAAUACUUCAGCACAUCAACGGUCUGAGCGAGAGGAUAAACCUUCAGAACGUAUUGAGUCGCGCCCAGGGCAUCUAUAAUCAGUUGUUGGAGAUUAAGGAUCAUUUGCCUAAUGAGGUGGCUGUUUGCCUCGGUUUCGCAUUGCCUGCUGUCACUAGCGCCGGUAUUGCUACCUCUACCUCAAGCGAUGCUUGUCAUGACAACGAGGAGGAUUUCCUUCCCGCGAUAGAGGACUGCGGGUUCGGCCUUGAACCCACCGCCGCCUCUCCCUCCUCCUCCUCUUUCCACUCCGAUCUGGAGGUGGGCGAGGACAUCGUCAUCUCAGGGCGACAUGGUGUCACUCCGGCUACAAUAGAGGACAACAUUUUGGAGUUCCUUUUUUCCACAAAAAGUUGGGUGGAAGUAGCUUGCUUAGAAUACCUUGGUGGAAAACUUAAAAUUGGUACUCAUCGCAAGGGAAUGGCGUAUUGUGAGGAUGGUUUCUGGCUGAAGCCUCGGGCAUCCUGGUUGACUGUCUUGAGCGAGGAUACCACCAACGCGUGCGAUGUGCGUGCUGCAGCUGUCCACCUGAUUGGUCUGUGUGCGCCGCAGGUCUCGCUGUUUGUCUGA